UAUGAUUGGAGCUUCCCGGAAAUCUGCACCAGGGCGAUGGAGUGUAUAAAAGCAGGUGCCUCAGCACAACUCAGAAUCAUCUCAACCUCAGAUACGACGACACAAACAAAGUCUUCUGUAGGUUAUCACACACACCGCAAAGAAUGGCAUUUUACUCUGAAUUACUUCAGCUCCGUGGAUCUAAGACUUCUGUCUCAUGGACCAACUUGACCUUUCUUUGUUCAAUGCUGUGCAUGUGGACUAGUGUAGACUCCUGGUCUUACUACCACUCUAACACCACAAUGAAUUGGCAGGAUGCUAGAGACUGGUGCAGGGAGCACUACACAGAUAUGGUGGCCAUCCAGAACCAGGAGGAGAUCGAGCAUCUCAACAGCUGGCUGCCCAAGAAAUCCGGUUAUUACUGGAUUGGCAUCCGCAAGAUCAAUCACAUCUGGACCUGGGUAGGGACAAACAAGGCUCUGACAGAAGAAGCAAAGAACUGGGCAAAAGGCGAACCAAACAAUGCUAGGAACGGAAAGAUUAGAGGGAAGAAUGAGGAUUGCGUGGAGAUGUACAUUAAAAGGGAUACUCAGCCAGGCACGUGGAAUGAUGAGAGGUGCGAGAAGCUGAAGACUGCUCUGUGCUACACAGCUGCCUGUAAGAACAACUCAUGCCUCUAUGGAAACUGUGUGGAAACCAUCAACAGCCACAAGUGUGCUUGCUUUGAUGGCUUUUAUGGAGAGAGGUGUGAGCAAGUUAUUAAGUGCAACAAAGAGGAGGUGACUGUCCCAUAUAAGGGAAGCGUGAAUUGCACUCAUAAGUAUGGAGACUUUUCCUACGACUCCUUGUGCCAGUACUCCUGUGAGGAAGGAUACCAGCUGAGUGUGUCAAGACCCCUGACAUGCACUGCCUCCGAACAGUGGUCAGACCAGCCUCCUACAUGUGAAUUGGUUAAAUGUCAGGAGCUGUCUAGUCCAGCAAGUGGAUCCAUGAAAUGCUCAGAUCCUCUGGGCCCCUCCAGCUAUCAGUCCACCUGUGAGUUCACCUGUGAUGAAGGCUACAGUCUUGUUGGUUCCUCUUCUAACACUCUGCAAUGUGAUGGAUCAGGAUUUUGGAAUUCCUCUCAACCGUUUUGUGUUGCUAUCCAGUGUCCCGCUCUCCAGGAGCUAGAGAAUGGCAAUGUCAAGUGUGAAAACGAUUCAGACAUGAAAUUCAGCUAUGGACACACCUGCACCUUCAGCUGUGGCCCCGGCUACCGCCUGGUGGGACCAAGCGGGGUUACAUGCACGUCAGCAGCCAAGUGGAGUGAGGAGGUGCCUCGCUGUGAAGCCAUCACCUGCAACAAUCCAGAGGGUGUGGCUCACCUGAUCACCCAGUGCAGCCAUCCUUUGAAUGAACUGCUGCCAGACUCCAGCUGCACCUUCAGCUGCGAAGCAGGCUUUGAACUGCAGGGGGCGCACAUCAUUCAGUGUUCUGAGGACGGACAGUGGAAUAAAGCUAUACCUGCCUGCAAAGCAGUGAGAUGCCCGUUGCUUGAGGCUCCUGAAAAUGGGCAUAUCAACUGUUCAAACAGUGAGCUAGUAUACAACUCAUGGUGCUCCUUCACAUGCAAUCAAGAUUACUCAUUAGAUGGACAUGAGCUGCUGAUCUGUGAUCAUCAUGGCAACUGGACAGGAGGGAAACCCAUCUGCCAAGCUUCCCCAUCACAGACAACUGCAAUUGCUUCCGGUGUGGUGGCAGGAGGCACUCUGUCUUUGUCUGGCAUCUCUCUGGCUAUGUGGAUCUUAAAGCGAAUGAAGCAGAGCGGCUCCAAGUUUGAACUAAGCAGCAACUCUGACAUAGAGACCCCACUGCAGGUCUUCAAGAACAGCAUUGACAGCCUCAUAUAGAACACAGUCAUAAUCUUCAGAAACAACUAAAGACAUCUGCAUAUAUCUUUCACAUUAAUGUAUGUGAAUUAGUCAUCAUAGAAGUAGCAUAGCAUAACAGGAAAAGAGCAAUCAGUGGUGAGACAAAAGGCUUUCUUUAUGCAUUUGCAUUUGAUGGGUUUAUUAUGUUUUGUUGAACUUUGUGAUUUGCUAUGUAAUGAAGUUCAGUCGUGUUUUUCCUCCCCAGGGGAGUUUUAUAUUGAACACAUUGUUCUACGACUUUUUGAACAUGCUGGAAAGGUGACCCUAUUCAUGUUAUUAUAAAUGUAACAUGAUGUUGAUGCAUUAUCAUGUCAGUGCAGAACUGUGAACAAUUUCACUAUGUUGAUGUAUUUAUACAUGUGCUAUUUAUUUAACCAGUGGAUAUUACAUUUCAAAUGUUCUUUUAGCUUUCUGUAUGUUUAAAGCAGUGCUUAUUUUUCAAUGAUAAUAAAACAAUAAAAAUGUCA